CAUCUCUCUCUCUGCAUGAGAGAGGUGGCUGGUCAACAAAGCCAAAGAGGAGCAAAAAGAAUGCAGAGGAGGUGUACUGGCAUAUCUUUUUAGUUUCUUCUUCGGUUCGGCAACUCCUGUUUGCAUUUGAGUCAGAAUUUGAUCAUUUAGUUGUUGAUAAAUAUUGAUAUUUUCAGUUCUGUAAAUUAGGGUCGCAAAUGUCUCCACAUGGAGCGCCUACUGAAAGAGAGGAAUGAGGAACAGGAGAGGGAGCAGUAGUUGAAGAAGGUGGUGGAGGAGGAGAUUCAGGAGUGGCUGCAGAUGAAGAGCCCCCUUCUUCACCCAGUUAUUAACACAAUCCCAGAGAGGAACCGUGCAGUUUGUGUGCUUUCUAAUGCGUACAGUAUCUGGGCACCUAAAGGUGGGAGUCAUUUUUGUGUUAUUGUUUGCCAUCUCCAGGAGAAACAGCUGAAGGAGAGCAAGGAGCAGAAGGAGAUGCAGAGGGAGAUCGAAAAGAAAGCAGAGAAGUACAGAGAGUGGUGACAGAGGAAGAACCUGGAGAAAAUACAGAGAAUUAGGAGGCAGCCAGUAGAGGGAGCGCAGACAGAGAGCAGAGGGGAAGUUUAAGAAAUGGCUUUGUGCUCAGGACAAGAGUCGACCCAGUCCCAAGGCACCCGGCUGCCCACGAGGAGCAGCUAUAGUGAUUCCCUCUGCUGAAGGAUGUGCACCUACAGUAGUCAGCCUUAUCCUGGACCUUGCCUAGAAAACUACAAUUCCCAAGAUGCAGCGGUGCAGGUGGCCAGGCAACUGAAAUUUGCACCUGCCAGGAAUGGUAGGGGGGUACCUUAGUAGUCUGUGAACCAAUGAGAGUGGGGAGAACAACAGAGUAGAGAGAGGGAUAUGGUAGGAGAGGCAUAAGUACACUAACUUCACAGGGAAGCAGUUGGAUGAAUGAGCACAAAGAAUGUGAGUGAUUUGAAUGUAUACAACCUAUCCUAAAUGUAAAUAAAAAGUUCCAGCACAUUGAGGAAUAACAUGUUAUAUGUGAUGUUGUUUCUACUGUGACGGAAUCUGUUGGAGGUCAACAUUUUAUUUAGUGUGUAAUGAACUCUGAACCUGAGGAAAUACCUGAAGCGGUGCCGAGUAGAGAACACUUGUAGAGGAUAUAGACUACUGAAGCCUUAUCUUCAAUACUUCUUCAGCAAUGUAUUUUCUGUGUAACUACCAUGUUUUGUUUUGUUUAUUCAGUUCCCCAAGACUGAAUAAGUAAAAAGGGCACAGUUCCAAGUAUGAAAUAUUCAUGUACUUCUUUAGCUCCUCUUGAGGAAGAGUUCUCCCCAUGUUUCUGAGUAGGAUGUGACCAAUCUCUGUCAACAGUUUCAACUGUUAUUGAUGCAUCUAACAACAUACAGAGUAGAGAACCAGUUCUGUCACUGCUGCAGGGCAUCUCAGCCUGGCCCUAGUUUAGUGGUGUCUGACUGGCCCUGUGGUGAUCCCUUACCAUGCAGUCCUCUGUGCCAGAGCAGGGCAUCUCAGCCUGGCCCUAGUUUAGUGGUGUCUGACUGGCCCUGUGGUGAUCCCUUACCAUGCAGUCCUCUGUGCCAGAGCAGGACGACUCCUUUGACUUCCUUUUUAAGAUUGUCCUGGUGGGAGACUCAGACGUGGGGAAGACCUGUGUGGUCCAGAGAUUUAAGUCUGGUGUCUUCAUGGAGAAACAGCAGAACACUAUCGGGGUGGAUUUCACUGUCAGAACCAUGCUCAUCAAUGGCAGGAAUGUCAAGCUGCAGGUGUGGGACACAGCUGGACAGGAACGUUUCCGCUCAAUCACCCAGAGUUAUUACCGCAGCGCCCACGGCGCCAUAGUGGCCUACGAUAUCACACGCCGGCCAACCUUUGACUCUUUGACACACUGGAUCCAGGAAGUGGAACAAGACGGGGCUGCAAGCAUUGUGCUCAUCCUCAUUGGGAACAAGUCAGACCGGCAGGCGGAGAGACAGGUGCUGUUUGAGGAUGCCUGUACCCUGGCUGAGGGGCGGGGUGCACUGGCCGCCCUGGAGACCUCUGCGAAGGAGGCCCAGAAUGUGGAGGCAGCCUUCAUGCUCAUGGCCCGGGAGCUGAUGGUGAGGAACGGCCUCGCGCUCACAGACCAACCCUCAAAGGCCUCCCCACACUUCUUCCCAAACUCCCAUCCAAUCCAUGGCGCGGAUCCUACAAACAGGGAGUCAUGUUGUUGAGAGAAUUGACAGGAAGCGUGGGAGAGGGUUUGUGGUGCUGAUAACUUGGAAUCAACAUCGCCUACAGUCCCUUGACACUUGCCCUUGUAGAUGUAAAGCCACAAAGCCCACUCAUUUUUGACUACUUACUUCUACAGGUACUGUCAAGAAGUAUGCUUCGGGAUAGGGGAUGAGUGUACUAUAUUGUGUGGAGGUGAUGAGUACUCUACUGAUAAUGGCGACUGUCACUGACUUUUCCAGUAGUUUAAACAUGGCUGCCAGUAGUCAAACACUUGUUACCAGUACUUAAUGUUAAGUAUCCCUUGCCACCUGUGUCUUAUUGUAUAUGGGGGGGAAUUAUGUAUUCACCUUAUGUUGGAUUUGUAAUAAUUAUUUACAUAAACAGUGAGAUAUUUUUAUCCUGCUAAUGCUGAGUGUUAUGGUGUCCACUCUAGCUUCCCGGAGAUAAAGCCUACAGCUGGCCUUCCAGGGACAGGAUGUGGGGAGGUUGUAACUGUUAGUAAAAUAAAGGCCUCAAUGGUUCUUAAACAUCCUGGCCCGGGAAAUUAGGCCAGGGUCGGGGGUUAACAUAACGCCAGCAGAAAAUAAAGACAGGAUGAGCCCAAAGUGGCUCAUGGUGCCCCCCCCCCCAAUCUAUAUGGGAGGGGUGGAACCAAGCAUUCUGGGUAUUAGCUAUAUGAACUGCAUUGUCUGUAUGAUUCAGACUCUUGGCCUAACAGUCUCAUUAUUGCAAUAAUGAAUCAAUAUUAAAUAAAGAUGAUUGUUUGAAGAAAUUA